AUUCAUGUCGAAAGUUUUGGAGGUCAGGCGGGAGCACCUGUCAAGGGCAGGAAUUCACGCAAUCCAGUCCUUUAUAGUUCUCGAGAUGGGUUUUUGCAGUAUAGAUCCCAUAUUCCACAUAAAGGUGAAAAUCCUUGGUCACCGUUUGCCUCACAGAUGGACUGGGAAGUGGCGAAAUGGGCGAAAACACGGGGAACUGGAUCGACUGCUUUCAGCGACUUGCUUGCUGUUGACGGUGUAUACAAAGCAUUAGGACUUUCAUACUGUAAUAGUGCAGAGCUUAAUCAUAUUAUUGAUACGGAAAUCCCUGCUCGGAGGCCUGCAUUUACACGUAAAGAGGUUGUGAUCGGUGGAGAAGCCUUUGACUUAUAUAAACGACCUAUUGAGGACUGUAUACGCGCACUCUAUGGCUCCCCAGAUCAUGCGCGCUAUCUCUGUGUUUCUCCUGAACGACAUUACUCCGAUGCAAACAAGACUCAGAGGCUUUAUCAUGACAUGCACACCGGGAAGUGGUGGUGGAAUACUCAGGUCCAGCUCGAGCAAGAUAAACCUGGUGCUACUAUUGUUCCAGUCAUCAUUUCCAGUGACAAAACUCAAAUCACACUUUUUCGAAAUAAGUCUGCGUACCCUGUAUAUCUUACCAUCGGGAAUCUCCCUAAGGAAGUUCGACGAAAACCCUCACAGCAGGCCCAAAUUCUCCUCGCUUAUCUUCCUACCACCCGUCUACAGCACCUACCUACUAAGGCAGCCCGGAGGCGCGCUGUGUCGAAUCUCUUUCAUGCAUGCAUGGGGAGUAUCCUCGCACCUCUGAAAAGUGCAGGCAUUGACGGAAUUAUCAUGACCAGUGGUGACGGUGUCAGGCGGCGGUGUCACCCGAUCCUCGCUGCUUAUAUUGGAGAUUAUCCCGAACAGAUGCUUGUUUCAUGUGGGUACUAUGGACGCAGUCCAAUCUGCAUGGUGGCGAAGCAUGAGCUGGGAGAAUACCCUUGUACAGCAGAGUACCGUGAUGCAAUUCAAGCUAUCGAAGUGGCCCACUUAAUUGGUACAGAUGAAUGGGCUCAAAGUUGUGCGGCUGCCAACAUGAAACCUGUCCAACAUCCUUUUUGGGAAGAUCUUCCCUAUACCGACAUUUUCUGUUCCAUCACUCCCGACCUCCUUCACCAGCUAUACCAAGGGGUUAUGAAACACUUGAUUAAGUGGAUUACUGCUAUCGUUGGAGCGGGAGAAGUUGAUGCGCGAGUACGUCGAUUACCAGCAAAGCAUGGCAUGCGUCAUUUCCACAAGGGAAUCACAACACUUUCCCGUGUCAGUGGUACCGAACACAAGCAGAUGUGUAUGUUUCUUCUCAGCCUUGUCAUUGACGUGCCAAGGCUGGCGCCAGCAAAGUCCCGCAGAUUGAUCACAGCUACCCGUUCAUUACUGGAUUUCCUCUACAUGUCUAGCUUUCCCAUUCACAGUGACGAAUCUCUUACCUCUGUCGAUGCCGCUCUUGCUCUAUUUCAUGAGAAUAAAGAUAUUUUCAUUGAGCUUGGUGCCCGAGAGCACUUUAACAUCCCCAAAAUCCAUUUUCUAUGUCACUAUGUCCGCGCUUUCAAACUAUUUGGCACAUCGGACAACUAUAAUACAGAAGCAACAGAGCGUCUUCACAUUGACUUUGCAAAAGAUGCAUAUCGUGCUUCUAAUCGCAAGGACGAGUACUCACAGAUGACAAAAUGGUUGGAGAGGCAAGAGAAAGUCAAUCAUCAUGCGAGUUACAUUGCGUGGCAACAGUCACAGCCACAACUUGACAUUCCUUCUCCUACCACCAUCUCAGGUGUACGAUACGAUUUUCCAGGAUCUCAAAAAACGUUGCAUGACAUGCAGUGCCCACUUACACAACAUUUCGCCAAAUUUCCCACUGUGAAGACAGUAUCAAUCUCAAAACUUGAGGAAAGAAGCUUACUUGGUUACGGCGCCACUCAGUUUGAGUAUGCUUUGAAACGGUUCAUUUCCCAAUUUCGCAAUCCCGAAUUUACUCCUGCUGAGGUCAACGAAAUGGCAUCAUUUCUUUCUCUUCCGUUUCGUGGUGUGCCAGUUUGGCAUAGGAUGAAAUUCCGAAACGAAGAUUUAUAUGGCAAGAAGACUCUUGAUGUUGUAUCUGCCCAUCCUCGUCGCCUCAAUGCUCAGGGCCAGGUCCGCCAGACGUCCCAAUUUGAUGCUGCUCUGAUCCGUGUUCAGAAGGAUGAUGACAAUGGCAAGUACGUGUUGUGUUCUGUUGUACCUGCACGUUCGCUCAUGCACUCUAUUUCAGGAUGUCAGAUAGGGCGUGUCCGGGCUAUUUUCUCCCUCCCAAAGCAACACUUGAACCGACUGUUUCCCGCAAAUGUGACUCCGCCUGUCCACCUUGCUUAUGUUGAAUGGUUCACUAAGUUCACGCAGAGGCCCGAACCAUACUCUCUUCUUUACCAUGUCAAGCCUCAAUUUUGUAGAGAUGGAUCACGAGCAGUUUCUGUAGUUCCGGUUGAUAUGAUCAAGCAGAGUGUUUGUUUGUAUCCUAGGUGGGGUGGAACAGCACCUCCGCAAUGGACACAUGAGUCAGUACUUGACCAGUGUCCCUCCUUUUAUCUGAGCCCAUUUACAGAUAUACAUAUGUACUUCAACCUGUCGUAGUUACAAGUAAUCAGAAUUAGACUACGCAGUCCGGAUUUCUUCUAUUC